GUCGCGUCACAUGCAGGGUGUUACUGCGCCACCGUUUAUGAGUGCGUUCUGCCGCAGCGCAUGAAAGAUUUUCUAGCGCGCAUCCAACUCCUUCCAGAAGUGUGAUGGAAACGGCAUUUAACUUGCUGUAAGCAUAUUUAACCUUUAGUGGCACAAGAGACGCAGAGGCAGUAUUUCACAUCAGCAUGGCUGAGCGCGGGACGUGCGGUGCGCCCCUCUCUUCAGCGCGUCAUUUCACGGAGAAAACGGAGAACAUCUGACUCAGGUUAUAUCCAGGGAGGAUGGACAGCCGGGCUGAGAAUCCGACGAAGGCUGCAGGCUAUCUGAAGGAGCUGAAUAAGAUCAUUGAGACCCAGCAGACGCUGCUGGAGCGGCAGAAGAGGCGCAUCUUUGAGCUGGAGCAGCAUGUGUCCGACCUGUGCGCCGAGAACAGCCGCCUGAGGCUCGAGUACCAGCGGCAUCUGCUCACCUGCAGACUGCGCUCCAUCCGAGAGAACAGCCCGGAGCAGCAAUCAGAAUAUGCCGGUUCAAGAAUCGUCAGAAGACAUGCCUCACUUCCUGUGGAAAUGACAGACAAUCCCAGCAGCCUGAGGUCAGCCGUCUGCAGGAGAACUGUGCCGUGCCGGCAGUGGAAGUCUGCGUCUUUAGGUGUGGAGGGGACUGUUGAAAGCAGUGAGCCUGGCCCUUCCGUGGACACCAGCAUAGGAUAUGGCCGUGGGCCGGUCACUCACAGUUCUUCCUUGAGUCCGGACCAGUCUGAAGGAUCAUUGUACGGCCACAGCAUCCAAAGCGGCCCGCAGCGCCCUCAACGGCCCAAACUACAACACUCUCAGUCCAUCCUGCGCAAGCAAGCAGAAGAGGAGGCCAUCAAGCGCUCUCGCUCCCUCUCUGAAAGCUAUGAGCUCUCCACAGACCUUCAGGACAAGAAGGUGGAAAUGCUUGAGCGGAAAUAUGGAGGCCGUUUCAUAACCCGCCAUGCUGCACGCACCAUCCAGACAGCGUUCCGGCAUUACCAGAUGAACAAGAACUUUGAGCGCCUCAGGAGUUCCAUGUCAGAGAACCGCAUGUCCCGCAGGAUCCUGUUGUCCAACAUGAGGAUGCAGUUUUCCUUCGAGGCACCUGAGAAGGUCCACAGCUCUCUUUUUGAAGGCAGGCAGAUGUCUCUCAUGGAAGAGAGCAGCCAUAUAGGAGCAAUGGUGCAACCUGGAGAGAAGGUUCCUGUUAUCCUGGAGGCUCCAGAAACUCAAAAUGACUUGACAGACACAAUAACAGAGCUAGAGGACACUUUCUCAAAGCAGGUAAAGUCGCUGGCUGAGUCAAUCGACGAUGCACUGAACUGCCGCAGUCUACACAAAGAAGAGAUCCAGCCUGAGCAGACGGUUUGUGAGCUGCAGCAGAAACGGGAGCUUCCUCAACCGGACGAGCACCGCAGGCUAGAUGAGAUCUGUGACGUGACUCUGUUUAUUGACGAGGAGGAGCUCUCUCCACUGGUCCAGCCAUCCAGCGCAGAAUCUGAGCAGCGCAUCCAGUCCAUUAGCACCUCACAGGAGUAUUGGUCCAUGGAUGCCAAGGACGACACAAUCGUCAGGAGCACUCCAUCUCUCGAAUGCCAAGGGCCAAAGCUCUGUGUGGACUUGCCCAUGCUGACCAUUGAGCCUCCCAGCGACAGCUCGGCAGAUGCAAGUGAUCGCACGGAGCAGGGUUUGGUCCAGGUACAAAACGUUCCCAAACAGACCACAGCAGCACCACGGGCCAAUCCCAAACAUGGACCUUCUCCCAGAGUUCCCUCGCUUUCUGGAGAAGAAGAGCCGCUGAGACACCGGCAGGUGGAGAGUCACCUGGCCACCAAUGGCAGCCGGCAGAGCAAGUCGGAAUCAGACUUUUCCGAUGGAGACAAUGAUAGCAUCAACAGCAACUCAAACUCCAUCGACACAAUCAACUCCGAGUCCUCUUCCAGUCUGAGGGAGCAGAACCUCAGCAAACAGACCUACCACAAAGACACUCGCAACAGCUGGGACUCUCCGGCAUCCAGCAGCGACACCAUGCGCAAGAGACAAUAUCGCAUUGGCCUCAACCUCUUUAACAAAAAGCCAGAGAAGGGCAUUCAGUACCUGACAGAGAGGGGUUUUAUUCCCGACACGCCUGUGGGUGUGGCUCACUUCCUGCUCCAGAGGAAAGGCUUGAGUCGACAAAUGAUUGGGGAAUUUCUCGGGAACAGACAGAAACAGUUCAACAGGGAUGUUUUGGACUGUGUGGUCGAUGAGUUGGAUUUCUCAGGGAUGGAGCUGGAUGAAGCUUUGCGGAAAUUUCAGGCUCAGAUCCGAGUUCAGGGGGAAGCACAGAAGGUGGAGCGUCUGAUCGAGGCUUUCAGCCAGCGCUACUGCAUCUGUAACCAUGACGUGGUCUGUCAGUUCAGAAACCCCGACACCAUCUUCAUCUUGGCCUUCGCCAUUAUCCUUCUCAACACAGACAUGUACAGCCCCAAUGUCAAGAUCGAACGCAAGAUGAAGCUGGAGGACUUCAUCAAGAAUCUACGAGGGGUUGAUGAUGGAGUGGACAUCCCACGGGAGAUGCUGGUUGGGAUUUAUGAGAGGAUCCAAAAGAAAGAGCUCAAAACCAAUGAGGACCACGUGUCUCAGGUGCAGAAGGUGGAGAAACUCAUUGUGGGCAAGAAGCAAAUGGGAUCCCUUCACCAUGGUCUUGGAUGUGUGCUGUCUCAGGCUCACCGCAGGCUUGUGUGCUACUGCAGACUGUUUGAGGUUCCAGAUCCAAACAGACUGCAAAAACUCGGACAGCACCAGCGGGAAAUCUUCCUGUUUAAUGAUCUUCUAGUGGUUACCAAGAUCUUCCAAAAGAAGAAAAACUCAGUGACGUAUAGUUUCCGGCAAUCUUUCUCUCUUUAUGGGAUGCAAGUGAUGCUCUAUGAGAACCAAUUCUAUCCAAAUGGCAUCCGGCUGACGUCAGCCAUUCCAGGUGCAGACUUUAAAGUCCUGAUCAAUUUUAAUGCUCCCAACAUUCAGGACCGCAAGAGAUUCAUCAGCGACCUGCGAGAAUCCAUCGCUGAGGUCCAGGAAAUGGAGAAGUACCGAAUAGAGUCCGAGCUGGAGAAACAGAAAGGAGUGGUCAGGCCCAGUAUGUCUCAGAGCAUGUCUGGCCUGAAGAAAGAGAUGGGGAACGGCAGCAUGGGCCGCACUAGUCUGGACGACACUUACACCAUGGGGGAAGGACUGAAGCGCAGUGCACUCAGCAGCUCAUUACGGGACCUUUCUGAAGCAGGACUCCAUCUCUAGCGGUUUUCCACUCCAGCACAGAGAAACUUCCUUCCGGCAGCGUUUGCUUCCUGACAGACGCAGCAGCGUUCCAGACACUUUUUCUCUCCUUGGGCCGCUUUUUGGCAGCUCUCUGGUCAAUCCGUAAGUCUUGGGCUGCCCUCCCUAUCCCACCCUCAUAUCCCACACUCCACAUCCAUUCAACCUGCACCACACCGCCCAGCCCUCACAGCGAUGUCACUUCCUCCAGAGCCCCUGCGCAGCCUCGCGCAGCCAACAUGGCCUGUUUCUCUUCAAACAGCUUUCGCACGCACUGCGCAGGAACCAUCUGGCCCAGUUCAGACAGCACAGUGAACAGCGCACCAUCUCCAAACACAGACACUGCGCCAUCAGCACGCUAGUGUGAGCUGAAUUUUAAACAAGCACACCUUGAGCAAAAACCAGCCAAUCCCGGGAAGAGCAGGAGCGAUGCAUGUGCAAAAAAACAGCAUCUGUGUUUGAUGUCUCUCGUACUUUCAGCAUUCUGCCUGUGGGUGAAUGUCACAAGAUUAGAUUAAAUUCUGUAUAUUUUGCAUAAAGAAAAUCAAGGACUGUUAAGAUAUACUGCGUAGUGGCAUUUUCAUGGCACAUUUUUACCGCGGUAAUGCAUUUUGGAAUUUAUAUUAUUACUAUUUAUUUUCAACCCUUAUUCUGACCAUCUUUGUUUAUGGAAAGGUCUGUUUUAAGGGCAUGUACGGUGGCCGAGAGAGCUUAACAUGCUUCAAUAGGGUAUAUGCAGAGCUAGUGUUUCUUCCCAUACUGAUAAACUUCCGGUGAACGGUUAAUGUGACCUUUUUCCAUUUUAUACGGUUUACAGCAUCGAUGUUGUAAUGUAAUUCAAAUACAAUCAGGUAAAUUUGGCAUUCAUUUAGUUGCUCAAGCGAAAACGAGAUGAAAAGCCGUUUACACGCAGGAUUAGCAGGCUAGCGCAGAAGCUCCAUUGAAUAUACUGGGGUAAAAUAAAUGUUCAUAUUGUAAAGACAUGGCAGGGAAAAAUGUAAUUUAACGCAGUGCUUCUUGUACAUUCUGAGACCCACUUUAUAUUGGAUAGUCAUCAGGAAGUGAAGAUUGUUGAUUUUUAAAGAAAACAGACCUUAAAUGCGCUGAUUUUGUAAUGGCAUACAGUUCACCGGAAGCGAUUGACCCAGGUUACUGACAAAUUAAAAGUACUUCCGCAUACUUCCGCAUAUAACCUAUUUAAGAAAACACAUGCUAUUAUGAAAAACACCAGCAAAAUAGGAAAAGAUCUUCAUCCGUUUGACAGCACACGUGCUGCAAAUCCUCACAAUGCAUACACAAUUAAAAAAAUGUGCUGCAUUUUCACACAACACAAAAACAAACAGAACACAACGAGAAUGUUUUAAGGGGACCCAAAAACGUGGCGGACGCUGCCUCUCAGUGAAGUCAUAGGUGAUCUUUGAAAGGUGAGUUUUUUGUUUGUUUAUUUUUAAUAUCCCGAUUCCCAUUUCUUUAGUAUUUAUUAGCCUGAAUCAGCAUAACCUAAAAACAUUUUUGCCGCGUUGUGAGAAAAUGCAGCAUGUUUUAUUAAUGUUUGCGCUGAGUUAAAAUGCAGCACGUUUUUUUUUUAAAUGUGUUCGCGUUUUAACGAUUUGCUGCAGGUGUGCUGUCAAACCGAUGAAGAUUUUUUUUCUCAAUUUGUUGCCGUUUUUUGUAAUUGCACGUUUUCACGUUAAGCUCUCUCGACCACCGUGCAUUUUUUAUUUAACGUUUGACGUAAUCUCAAAUGAAAAAUGAAGAGUGGGUGGGACAAACCCCUUUGUAAAAAACAGCCAAUAGCGAUUCGUUUUUAUCAUCAGUCUGCCAGUGAGAGGGAUUGAGAUCAAGCGCAUCAAAUGAAAAGCAAAUGAGAAGCGUCUUGAAGAGGGUGGGUCAAGAUUUGAUGAAAAGCUGAAGUAUGAAAAAAACGGUGAUCCAUUUAGACGGAAGUGACAAACUGCGAGCUUUAGAUGUUUAUAUCAGUUUUAUAUUUUCUAAAUGCUAAUUUUGUCACUGUUUCAGAGCAGACUAGCUUAUAGAUAUCCUUAAAAAAUAUCAGACUGAAGCUAACAUUUAAA